GAAAAAGUUCACCUCCACCGCCUUCGAACCACUACCUCUCCACCCCACUCUCUUCACCUCCAUACCCGAAGAAAAAUCUACAGAAUGGCUGACGAAGUCUACGAGGGUGCCAUUGGCAUCGAUCUUGGCACGACCUACUCCUGUGUCGCCAACUACGAGGGCACCAAUGUCGAGAUCAUCGCCAACGAGCAGGGUAGCUUCACCACCCCAUCUUUCGUUUCCUUCACUAGCGAGGAGCGUUUGAUUGGUGAGGCCGCAAAGAACCAGGCUGCCAUGAACCCAGCCAACACCGUCUUCGAUGUCAAGCGUUUGAUCGGUCGCCGCUACGAGGAUGAGACCGUCACCAAGGACAUCAAGUCGUGGCCCUUCAAGGUCAUUGACCAGGGUGGCAGCCCUAUGGUCCAGGUCGAGUACUUGGGUGAGGAGAAGACCUUCUCCCCCCAGGAAAUCUCCGCCAUGGUCCUUGUCAAGAUGAAGGAAGUUGCCGAGGUCAAGCUCGGAAAGAAGGUCGAGAAGGCCGUCAUCACCGUGCCCGCCUACUUCAACGACAACCAGCGUCAAGCCACCAAGGACGCCGGUGCCAUCGCUGGCUUGAACGUUCUCCGUAUCAUCAACGAGCCCACCGCCGCCGCUAUCGCCUACGGUCUCGGAUCCGGUCGCUCGGAGAAGGAGAGGAACGUCCUCAUCUACGAUUUGGGUGGUGGUACUUUUGAUGUUUCGCUUCUUCACAUCCAGGGUGGUGUCUUUACCGUCAAGGCUACCGCCGGUGACACCCAUUUGGGAGGACAGGUGAUUUCGACACCAACCUCCUCGAGCACUUCAAGAAGGAGUUCACCAAGAAGACUAAGAAACUUGAGCGGUGAUGCCCGUGCCCUCCGUCGUCUCCGAACCGCCUGCGAGCGCGCUAAGAGGACUCUGUCAAACGCGACUUCUACAACCGUCGAAAUUGAUUCACUUUUCGAUGGUGAGGACUUCGCCUCAAGCAUCACCCGUGCCCGUUUCGAAGACUUGAACGCAAAGUCUUUCAGCGGCACCCUCCAGCCUGUUGAGCAGGUGCUCAAGGAUGCCAGCAUCAACAAGGACAAGGUCGAUGAGAUCGUGCUUGUUGGUGGUUCUACCCGUAUCCCCAAGAUCCAGAAACUCCUCAGCGACUUCUUCGGCGGCAAGAAGCUCGAGAAGAGCAUCAACCCCGAUGAGGCUGUUGCCUACGGUGCCGCUGUCCAGGCUGGUAUCCUCUCCGGAAAGGCCACCUCCGCUGAUACUGCUGAUCUGCUGUUGUUGGAUGUCGUCCCUCUAUCAUUGGGUGUAGCCAUGGAGGGCAACAUCUUUGCGCCCGUCGUGCCCCGUGGACAGACCGUUCCUACCAUUAAGAAGCGAACAUUCACCACUGUGGCUGACAACCAACAAACCGUGCAAUUCCCCGUCUUCCAGGGUGAGCGUGUCAACUGCGAGGACAACACCUCGCUUGGUGAGUUCACAUUGGCUCCCAUUCCUCCUAUGAGGGCUGGUGACGCCGUUCUUGAGGUCGUCUUCGAAGUCGACGUCAACGGUAUCCUCAAGGUCACUGCCACCGAGAAGACCUCCGGCCGCAGCGCCAACAUUACCAUCUCCAACGCCGUCGGCAAGCUCUCUACUUCUGAGAUCGAGAACAUGAUCAGCGAUGCUGCCAAGUUCAAGUCCAGCGACGAGGCUUUCAGCAAGAAGUUCGAAUCCCGUCAACAGCUCGAGUCCUACAUCUCCCGUGUUGAGGAGAUGGUCUCCGAUCCAUCAAGCUCCCUCCGCCUCAAGCGCGGCCAGAAGGAGAAGAUUGAGUCCGCCCUCAGCGACGCCAUGGCCCAGCUCGAGAUCGAGGAUGCCUCCGGUGAUGACUUGAAGAAGAAGGAGCUCGCAUUGAAGCGCGUUGUUACCAAGGCUUUCUCCACCCGCUAA